AUGCAGCAAGAUAUAGCGCAGCAACAACAAGACAUGCUAGAGGUGAAAGAAGAUAUUAAAGGCAAUGCUGAUAAUAGGUGCGAGGCAGUUAUCACUACCGUACCAAUGACUCAAAGUGGGAAGGAGAUAACAACAGGUACGGAAAUUCCAGCAUUAUCUGAGCGUGAACGUCGCGCAACAGAACGUUCUAAGGCUAAGGGUGCGACUACAUUGCAGAAGCGAGAGCGUUUAAGUACGUCUACUGACUGUCUUAAAACAAAGACAGAUAUCAAUCAACUUUCAAAUGCAGAAUCAGGCGAGUGGAAAACAGUUGUUAAUCAAAAAAAAGUGAGGAAAACUCAGCCUAAGCUACGCUAA